AUGAGUGAAUUCGCCCCUCCCAGCUACACCGGUGACCCCAACCUCGCGCGUUGCAGCGAGGAAUACUUCAAGUUGGGUUUUUGGGGCUUGCAAUUCGGUCUCGCCUUCUGCGCCCUCGGCGGCGCGCGCUUCAGCCGCAUCGCUCCCGGCUUGAGCGGUGACACCGCGUUGGCGUUAUCCGAAGAAGCGGCGAACCGCCGGAGGGAGAAGGCGGGCAAGCGGCGUCGGUCGCACUUGCAAAAGGGAUUCGGCGACAAAACCGGCAACGCCUACCAGUUGCGCGCGCUCGAUUUUAGACGUCAAAACAUGAUGUAG